AUGGUUCAUCGUCGUGCAUUUGGUGCAUGCGGUGCCCUGCUUCGCACGCUCCUCUUGCUCGUCAUCCUGUCCCUUGCCGUGAUUGGCGACAAGCACGACGAUGGUGAUGGUGAUGAUGGCGAUGAUAGUGAUGGUUCCAAUUCGCAGAAUAUCGUACCCACAACACUUACCCCGCCAACGAGCGGUCAAAGUUUUAGCCACCCAACCAUGGCUCCCGCCAAUGAUUAUAACACCAAUCACGGCUCUUGCAAUGGUGUCACAAGCCUUGUUUGGAAGGGCAACAAUGAACAUUCCGAGUCAUAUUGCUCCUGCCCCCUCCCUUUCUGGGGCUCCAGCUGUGAAUUUUCGACUGUUUUGGACGCCUUUUCUACCAUUUGUACCGGCGAGGUCAACAGCUCUGCAAACGAUUAUGGCCAAUUCAAACUCAUUUCUUCCGCCUACAACGAUUGCACGCUCUACGCCCACGGGGGUGUGGAUGGGACCUGGACAAGCCCAAAGCUGAACCCCAUCGGCCGGCCCGUCUAUCUCUACAUUGGGGCGCAGAGCUCGAACCCGACUAGUCACUCCCAAAGCGUCACCCUUGCUGCUACUUGCGAUGACAUCAACUGGAUGCACCUCCCUCUCGAUGCCAAACCAACCAACAACUACGUGCAUUUAAACGGCACUUUGCCCUACUGCGUACGCAAGGUUCAACUUCGUUUUCAACUCUUCUACCAAACACUCGUCGUCCAGCGCAUCCACUUUUACAGCUAUGCCAAGGGCUUUGUUUGGGCGGAUGACUUUUCUGAUGCCACUUCCAAUGACGACGAUCGUUGGAACUCGCAUGCCCUACCCACAAGCUCCCAUUGGCUGCUCAGCUACUACAGCAACCCUCCCUCUUACACUUCCUCGGGCUCCGUGUCCAUCUCUACUUUGGAUAAUCAAAAAGUGCUGGCUCUCUCGGGCCUUGACCAAGCCCUCACCCCGUCUUCGCCCACUCCACUGCGUUUGACUUUGCUGCAGGAGCAAGUUUUAUAUCGGUACAACUGGUCCAUUCAUGGGCUCAAGACGGAGGCUCUGGCUUGGGACUGCAGUCGUUGCAGCUUUAGCGUCUGCACGUGUGAUGUCUCCGCCACCGCGGGCUUUGACUUGGCUCCCAAUACUGAUUUUUGCCUACGCUUCCUUCUACCCGGCACCACCAGAUAUGCUCUGAGCUGGGACUAUUUGGUCGUGUUUGCCGAUGGCGAUGUCAUUUCGACCACCACACCUUCUCCGUCGACGACGACUACGACCACAACCCUGCCGACCACCUCUACUACGGCUACCACCACAACCACUACCACCACUACCACCACUAUCACCACCACUACCACGACCACUACCACUACCACCACCACCACAACAACCCCUACUACCACCACCACUGCAAGCAUUGUUUCCACUUCGACAACGACCACCUCAACACCCACCGCAAGAACAACCACCACCACGACUACAACUGCCGUAAUUAAUGCAACCACAUCAGCGCAGAGCCGCUCGAGCACUGGUGCCACGGGUGCCACUUUUCCCGGCUCGACGGCUUCAUCUGCGCCAGCCACGAGCAUCACAUCCACAAAUGCGUCCACAACCACCACAACCACCACAACACGUCCAACAACAGCGCCGACUACUCGAGUUGAGACCACGAGCAUGGAUAUUCCUUCGUCCUCGCCUCCCGCGACCACGUCAACCUCCUCUUCUACCCCCACCUCCACCAAAUCGACCACCCAUGCAGAGACCACCUUGGUCACGACCUCCUCAACGGCUGUGACUGACGAACAACUGCACGAGGUCACGGUGUACUUUGACGAAGACGCUUCGUCACUGAUGACCAGCUCGUCAUCGGCCUACACAGAAGAGCAGCUUCUCUUAAUGUUCCAGAGUGCUGUGCGUAACACCAUUGUUGGACUGCUAAACCUGCAUACCAGCGAGGCCGAGGCGCUCACCCUCGAAUUUAUCGAGGAUAAGUUGGCUUUCCGAUGCAUCCUUUACUCCGAGGCUGCGGCGCAGACUCUGUCUGAGGGCCUGCGUAGUCGAAGCCUCGAUGUCAUUUUCCAGCGCCGUCGUUAUGUGGCGCGCACCGCUCCUUGGUCCUCACCUCGUGAUUCGACGCCGGGGACGCCGGUUGGCUCGAGUACUCCAGUCGCCUCUGUGACGCCCGACUCCACAGCACCUGUCAGCAGUACUGCACCUGCUCAGGGUAGCUCGGUUGAUAAGAAUGCCUCGCGCUCAUCUGCACUAGUCCCCGUGGUAGUGAUCUGUGUCGUAGCGCUCUGCGUGGGCAUCACCGUCAUGUUGAUUGCCUCUUAUCGCCGUUCUUUGCGCAGUCGACGUGUGGCCCUGGCGGCACCCAUGCCCCCGACGCCCGCUCCUCUGUCGCGUGGCGAUAGCAUGCGUAGUUACACCUCACAUCAUGAUGACACGGUGCUUCUGCCCCCCUUUGACGACUUUGACGACCAUGUUUCCGACCCCCACUCCUCCGCAUCGCGAGCCUCCUACGAUCUUUCUGCCUCGGACAUUGUCGCGAUCAUGGCCAAGAAACCAUCGUCAGUGCACAGCAAUAUAGAGAGCAAUUGUUGA